GCUUUCACGUUGGCAGCAGAUACAGUUGUACCUGGAGUCCUGUUCCGAAGUUUUACUGUGGGAUAAGAAUUAAAAAGUCGAAAAAAAAUGGGCCUCAAAAGAAGGAGCGGGACAAAAAAUCCUCCAAUUUUCAGUAGUGAAUUUUUUAUUCAAAAUCAUGCUGAUAUAAUAUCAUGCAUAUCUAUGGUUUUUGUAAUCGGUCUUCUGUUUCAGGUAUCUGCUCCUAUAGCAUCUGUAUUUGUUGCUAUGCAUCACAAUGUGACUGAAGCACUUGAGCCCAGUGAUAUUGUUCUGUAUACAUAUGGACGCCAAGAUGUCUGCGUUAUUACAUUUUAUUUUCUCAUCGCAAUAGUAAUGCAUGCAAUCCUGCAAGAAUAUGCUCUUGAUAAAUUAAAUAGAAAACUUCAUCUAUCAAAAGUGAAGCACAGCAAGUUCAAUGAGUCUGGCCAAUUACUUGUAUUUUACCUGAUUUCCCUAAUUUGGGGAGGAGACAUUAUACUGAGAGAAGGUUAUUUACUAAACAUCAGCAAACUUUGGCAAGAUUAUCCACAUAAUGAAAUGACAUUUAUGUUCAAAUUCUACUUCAUAGUGCAGUUAGCAUACUGGCUUCAUUGUUAUCCUGAAUUGUAUUUCCAGAAAGUUAAAAAAGAUGAAAUGAAACCUAGGAUUAUCUAUACUACAUUGUAUUUAGUCUUCUUAACUGCAGCAUAUGUUUUGAAUUUUACAAGAAUAGCAAUUUGUCUGUCAGUGAUGCAUUACCUUGUUGAAAGUGUCUUUCAUACUGCAAGACUUCUGUAUUUUGCAGAAAAAUCUAAAGCAGCGAGCUAUGGGUUCACAAUAUGGAAUGGUCUGUUUGUUCUUGUAAGAUUAGGUUCAAUAACUCUCUCUGUAUUGACAUUUUGGUAUGGUCUAGCAUUGCAACAAGCAGCUAGUGUAAUGGAUAUUGCUUCUGGAAAUUUUAACACGCAGCUUAUUCGGAUUAACUGCUUAGUUGCAGUAUGUUUACUUCAGGCUUGGAUGAUGUGGAACUUCAUCAAUUUUCAUUUGAAACGAAUGAGGGAGAGAGCUGCCCAAAUUGCAUCUAGUAAAAAGAAAGCUUUAGCAAAGAAAGAAAAGAAACUCAAGAAGGAUGAAUUGAAGAAGGCAUCCGAAGAGGAUGUAAAUGAGCUUCCAGAAGUGGACCAAAAUACGAAGAAAGAUCUAAGGGCCCGGACUGGAGUGGCCGCUAGUCCGAAAGCAAAGCGCAAUUAGAUAUGAAUAAAACUUUCUUUCAUAUUGUUGGUUUAAUUUCUUCUUAUUUUUCCAGCAUUGGAGUGAUGAGUGAAAGUUUUGUACUUUAUGUUCCUUUUCUAAAGUUAUGCAUUAAAAUUUUAUUUCUUUUGUA